AUGUCCGUCGUCGACGAACUUGAUGCCAUCGCAGCUGGCUUUACAGCGCUAUCCUUGGCCAGCUCAGGGUCGCAUACCGGGCGCCACACGCUCAAUAUGGUAUGGGAAAGGUCAUGGCUCGACGUCUCAGAAACGGUCAAGUGGCAAGCACAUGUCACUGGUAGUGACGGAGACCCCGGCACGGCGCUUCACCCGAUCAUCCUCUGGAGAGAGCGGUCCGGCCCCGUCACUGUCAGAAUCAACCGCAUAUCAUGCAACGAGGUGCAGCCGCUUCAUGACUCCAUCCUCGAAGUCAUGCAGGAGCUUGUCAGCCGCUGCGACGCCCUCGAGCUCAACGCACCUUGGCUCAUCAUUUCCCCCGUCGUCGAGAUGUUCAACCGCGUCAAGCACCUCAUCUUCAUAAGCGACGAUGUGCGCGAGAUCCGCAAUCUUCUGUGUUUUCUUUCGUCCCCUAUGGCCGAUGGACAACCGAACAUGCCUCUGCUCAGCAAGAUACACAUUAUCUGCCGAGGCGGAUGCGAGCUGGACCUGCUCGUGUAUCGCUUCACGCACCGAGUGGAGGUGCUGGCAUUGAAGCGCAAGCUCAUUGCGCUCACGUACACCUCACCCGCUGGACUCUGGCCUCCUUCGCCAGAUAUCGCCGCCGCAAAGGGCGAUCUCUACAAUUCCGGCGUCAACUUACAUUUCGAGGCACUCGAGAACGAUAUGCAAGUCGAGUAG